AUGGAACUAGAGACCCACAUAAUUUCCACAAGGCGUCAAAGUUACAAACGUUCAAGAACCACGUCUCGUCUGGGAGGUCCCGCUUCAACUCCAAUAAAUUCAGUUUAUCUUCCUGUCGCAAUGAGAAUUCCCCAAGAAAUCCUUUGUAACAUUUUUAAUUAUUUGGUGGACCAUCCGGUACACUAUACCCGUGUUGCAAGGGUUUGUAAGUCUUGGCAACUGGCAGCCGACUCGCAUCUUUAUUGGCGACACUUGGUUACAAAACUUAACUUGAUUCCACCGAAGCCAAGAGCCAGAAAGUACAAGACUUAUAAGCAAGUGGUCGAGCGCGAUUGGAAUUCUUUCUGCAGUUUGUGUUUCCGUGGUCGUCAUAAUGGGUUUGAAAGGUUGAACAUUCGCUCAAUGGAAACGAACUUGUCCACUAUCGCCGAAAUUUACAGGAAUACGAAGACAAACUGGUUUCACAUUUUCGAUGAGGAUGGCACAGAUUUUCAAGUCUCUUUCAAAACUGAAUUAUCUGGUUCUGAAAUUUUCAAAGCUAUCAAAUCAGAUUCUGAUAAUUCAAAGCCAUCAGCAUCCGCCGCCAUCGCGAAUCAACAAGACAGUCACCACAUUGUCAAUUCUUUGGUCACUACUGAGCCUGAUAGAAGUUCAUUUGCAAUUUCAAGCCAGAGAUCUGCACCAGCCUCCUACAACCAUAAGCGAAAUUCGGUUCAUCAUCAACUUUGUAAGCUCUGUAACAUGCGCAUUUUCAACACUGGACUUUCAAAAUCAGAAAGAUACUCGUUACUCACUUCAAUGCUUAGUGACUAUGGAUAUAUUUUUCCAAAUAAUAGUCGAUCGUGUCUUGAAUAUGUUGAAUGUGGAAUGGGUAAUCCGACGGCUGUGGUCAGGACCUUCGUUGAGUUAAGUUGGUAUUACAAGUAUACAAAUUAUAAGUCCUUGAGGGUAAUUGAGGAGAAUCCACCCGAAGAGUCUGGUGAUGAGGACGACGACAUGCGUGACAUGCGUUAUAUUCUUAGAUUCGAUCGUAACGAUGAUUAUUAUGAUCAUGAUGGUAUUAGUAUUCGCGAUUUAGCCACGUAUAUUAGUCCGUAUCGUAUUGAUGUUGAUCGUGGUAAAAAAUUAGCCCUGAAAGAGUGGGUAAAUAAGAGACUCAAGAAGGGAAUCACCAAGCUUCCUAGAGACGAUCCCGAAACCCAAGAGAGACCACCAAAAACCCUGUGGGUCGAAAUUGAUAAUAUUAUAAUCGAACAACUCAAUUCAUCGGACGACAACCGCAACGAGGAGUUUGAAGCGGAAUCAAGCAGAAUGGCUCAAUAUUAA